AUGGCGGCACCUACAGUUGAGAACGCUAGGGAGAAGGCUUUAGGAGAUUAUCGUAAAAAGCUUCUAGAACACAAGGAAUUAGAAGCUCGCCUUAAAGAAAUGAGAGAGAACCUCAAGGAGUUAACCAAGCAGUAUGACAAGUCAGAGAAUGAUCUGAAAGCCUUGCAGAGUGUCGGACAGAUAGUCGGAGAAGUCUUGAAACAGCUUACAGAGGACAAAUUUAUUGUGAAGGCCACUAAUGGACCACGCUAUGUUGUCGGCUGCCGGCGGCAGCUAGACAAAACCAAGCUGAAAUCUGGGACACGAGUGGCACUGGACAUGACUACUCUGACCAUCAUGAGGUACCUGCCUCGGGAAGUGGAUCCGUUGGUUUACAACAUGUCCGUGGAGGACCCCGGAGAUGUCUCGUUCAAUCAGAUUGGUGGUCUUGGUGAACAGAUUCGGGAACUACGAGAGGUCAUAGAGCUACCGCUACUGAACCCUGAGCUGUUUCAACGAGUGGGCAUCACCCCACCCAAGGGUUGUCUGCUGUACGGACCUCCAGGCACUGGGAAGACUCUCCUGGCCAGGGCAGUUGCCAGUCAGCUUGAUUGUAAUUUUCUCAAGGUGGUGUCCAGUGCUAUAGUUGACAAGUACAUCGGAGAGAGCGCUCGUCUCAUCAGGGAGAUGUUUGCUUUCGCCAGGGACCACGAGCCCUGCAUUAUUUUCAUGGACGAGAUUGAUGCCAUUGGUGGUAGGCGGUUUUCCGAGGGUACAUCGGCUGACAGAGAGAUCCAGAGAACUUUGAUGGAGUUGCUGAACCAGAUGGAUGGCUUUGAUGCUCUAGGCCAGGUCAAGAUGAUCAUGGCAACCAAUAGACCGGACACUCUUGACCCUGCCUUGUUGCGGCCUGGUAGACUGGACCGCAAGAUUGAAAUCUCACUGCCCAAUGAACAGGCCAGGUUGGAAAUUCUGAAGAUUCACGCCAACCCGAUUGCCAAGCACGGAGAAAUAGAUUGGGAAGCUGUGGUGAAGCUUUCGGAAGAUUUCAACGGAGCUGAUUUGAGAAAUGUCUGCACUGAAGCAGGAAUGUUCGCCAUCAGAGCUGAGCGUGACUACGUCGUCGAGGAAGACUUCAUGAAGGCUGUGAGGAAAGUUGCAGACAACAAAAAGUUGGAAAGCAAGCUGGAUUACAAGCCUGUUUAA